GCCAACAACAUGAGAACGGCAAAAUUAUUGAAGUUGAAGAGGCCAAAUAUCUUUUGGACAUCAUGUGCUACUCACACCAUCAAUUUGAUGCUUCAAAGUAUAGGAAAACUACCAAGGUUUAAAAAAGUCAUUGAUCGAGCCAAGAGUUUGACAAUUUUCAUUUAUGCACACCAUUAGACCUUGUCCUUAAUGAGGUCAUUUACAAAAAAAAGGGAUAUUGUGAGACCAGGAGUCACUAGAUUUGCUUCUUCUUUCCUUACUCUGCAAAGUUUGAUAGAGAAAAAAGCUCAAAUGAGGACAAUGUUUACUAGCUCUGAAUGGAAUGAGUGCAAAUGGUCAAAGACUGUUAAAGGUAAAGCAUCAUAUGCUAUUGUGAUAAGCAUUGCUUUUUGGAAUGGUGUAAAUUUAUGGCUUAAGGUUUUUGCACCUUUGGUAAAAGUGUUUCGAAUUGCUAAUGCAGAUAAAAAGCCUUCUAUGGGCUUUUUAUAUGGAGAGAUUAAGUAUGCAAAGGAAGCUAUUAAGGAAACCCUAAAUAAUCUUGAGAAUAACUACCAACCUAUUAUAGAGAUUAUUGAAGCAAGGGUGAAAGAUAGGCUAGAUAGUCCACUACAUUUUGCGACUUACCUUUUGAAUCCCUAUUACUUUUUUAAGGAUAUGGAUAUACAACUUGAUCAUGAAGUCAUUGAUGGAUUUUUUAACUGUGUGGAGAUGUUUUAUGAUGCCGAUGGUGAAUUGCAAGAUCAUGUUGUAAAUAUUGAGUUGCCAAAAUAUACUCAUAAAGAAGGAACUUUUGGAAAAUCGUGGGCAACUCAAGAGUGUGCAAAAAAUGAUGACAAUUAUAAUUCAGGUAUAAAAUUUAUUUAAUCAUUUUCUUAGUUUCUAUUGUGUGUAAGUUUAUUUACUUUAUACUUGUUUGACUUAUGUAGUUAAAUGGUGGAUAACUUAUGGAAAUCACACUCCAAAUUUGCAAUGAAUGGCGAGAAGGAUACUCUCAUUAACCAGUAGUUCGUCUAGUUGUGAAAGAAAUUGGAGCACUUUUGAAGGGGUUAGUGUAUACUUUAAAACGUUUUUAAUACUUUAAUUUCAUUAUCCCUAUCAUUCAUAUUGAUAUUGCUUUUAUUUUAUUUAUGUAGAUACAUAUGAAGAAAAGAAAUAGACUGGAUGUGAAUCGAUUGAACAAUUUAGUCUUUGUCCAAUUUAAUGCGAAAUUAAUGAACAAGCAAAAAAGAGAGAAGGAAAAGAAUGUUGAUGUGCUACUUGCUAGUGAUGCUAGUAAUGCACAAGGAUAGAUCGUUGAUGGAGGAGAUGAUGAAGAAGUUGAGCCUAGUACGGGGCUCACUUGGGAAAUGGUUGGUGAAGCAUCCGAAGCAGACGAGAUGCUUCAACCUCGAAAAAGUUCCAGGAUGAGAGAGCUUCAUGAAGAUGAUUUUCAAUCAGAAGAAGAUGAGCAAAAGCUUAAUGAAUUUGAUUUUGAGUCUGAUGAAGAUCGUGUCUUGGAAGAAUAUGGAGAGAAAGAAGUCCAAUUAGAUAGUUAGAUACUUAGAUUCUUCAAGUAUGGUUUAUGUUGUAUUAUUGUUGCUUUUGUCUUAUUGAACCUAGAACUGAUCUACAACAAUUUGUUUUCUCAUGCUUAAUUCCAUAUUUCACUUGUUAUUCUAUUAUUGUUGCAUUAUUGAUGCAUUUCAACUUUGAUUUAAUUGAAAAUAACAUCAAAUUACAUCACAAAGUUUAAAAAAAAAAAAAACAGUAGUUUUCCUAGGCCCCGCCUAA